CCUCCCUCCCUCCCUGUCCCAGCAGCCUCUUGUCUUCUGGCCUGUCACUUUCUCUCCCCUAACCUAUCCCCUUUUCUGUCUAUAUAAACACUCGGACCCUUUCCAAGAAAGUUGCACCCAAGACCCAACUUUUCCAUAUAGCUUUUUUCUUGCUUCUUGCUCUCUCGUGUAAGUCUUUUUCUUCUCUUCUUCUAGGGAAAUAAGUAUGACAAAGGCAACCGAAGGAGCAAGUGUCACUCUUGAUCUCCUCAAGGAAAAAAUGGCCGAGUUUGCAAAGGAAAGGAACUGGGACCAGUUUCAUAGCCCCAGGAACCUGCUGUUGGCUUUGGUGGGUGAAGUUGGAGAAUUAUCGGAGAUAUUUCAGUGGAGAGGAGAGGUCCCCAAGGGACUUCCUGGUUGGAAAGAAGAGGAUAAAGUACAUCUUGGUGAAGAGCUCUCAGAUGUCUUGCUAUACCUUGUCAGGCUCUCUGAUAUCUGUGGUAUUGACCUAGGCAAAGCUGCUCUGAGGAAAGUGGGACUCAAUGCCAUCAAGUACCCAGUUGGCAGCAAGGGCUCUUCCAAGGAAACAAAACAACAACAAUAAUGAUGGCAAACAUCCCUUGAAAGUUGGGACUUACCUACCACCUACUGUUUUAACUUUUUGGUCUGUCUGUUCAUGCUAUAUAUGGAAUGUUAUGGCUAAGUGUCUUAGCUAGGCACUAUAAGGUUCAUAGGGACUAGAACGACUAAUAGGGGGCAGGGAUGGGGGGAUUUCUUACUCUGUUUGCUCGGGGACUCGAAUGGACGAGUGCUUUUUUUGGCGCUUAUGGAUUCCUACAGAUUAUGUUCACUGUUUUAGAAGAUGAAUCAAAUCCUUCUGGCAGAUACGGUGGCGAUUCUGUAAC